AUGAUUUCCCUGUUCUUUAGACUGGAUAGCUUUGAAGCAGAGGCUGUGCUCCGACACACAGUCUGUGGACUUCAACUAUGUCUUUUCUUAGGACUGUUUUCAACGACUCUGUCAUCAUUCAUCCUCCAGGAUUCUAUAUCAUCGGAUUUGAGACAUUCCCUAACAUCAAUGUCUACUUCAUCUUUCUAGCAUUAGUUUAUGUGGUUACUGUGCUGUUCAAUACUUUGGUGAUCUAUGUAAUUGCCUUUAAUAAUUGUUUACACACUCCAAAGUUUCUGGCUGUGGUCAACCUUGCAGUAAUUGAUGUACUCUUAAACACAAGCACUAUUCCCAACAUGAUAAAGACUUUCCUCUUUAAGGAUAACUUCAUUCCAUUCAACCUUUGUCUGUUACAAAUGUUUGUAUAUUACUCUGUUAUUCCUCUGGAGUCAUAUGCACUCGCUAUACUUGCCUAUGACCGCUUGAUUGCAAUUUGUUUCCCUCUGCGACAGAACUCAGUCAACACAGUACAGAGCAUGUUGUGUAUUGUCGGUCUGACUUGGGUUUACUGUCUGGGAGUAAUGGCAUUUGCAACAGCUAUCAUGACUCGACUGUCUUUUUGUAAUUCUGUCAGAGUGUUCAGCUAUUUCUGUGACUAUGCUCCUGUGUUUAGACUCGCCUGUAAUGAUUACACACUGCAGUGGUCUGUGGCUUCACAUUUUAGCAUGGUGAAUCUGAUGUGUCCCUUUUCUUUCAUAGUCCUGUCUUAUGGCAGCAUCCUGGUGACUGUGUUCAGGAUGAAAUCAGUAAGCAGUAGGAUGAAAGCUCUGGCAACUUGUGUUGAGCAUCUAGUCCUUGUUGCUGUAUUUUACAUUCCUAUAUUUAGCAUUUUUUUGCUCGGGCUUUAUGUGCGAUCCAUUGACCCGGACCAGCGUGUGCUGAGUCUGUCACUGGCCUCCUGCAUCCCACCCUGUGUCAAUCCUAUUGUCUAUUCUUUGAAAACCAAAGAGAUCAAAGUUAGAGCCUUAGCACUGGUAAGAAUAAAUAAAAUUGUCACACAAAAAAGGAUUAAUAAAGCACAGAAAUAG